CGGUGAACCAGCCGCGACGACGAGGACCAGUGCCGCCGUAACCCGUACGUGUCACCCCGGCAGCCUCGCACUGGCCGCGGCGGGCGCGUGCCAACAAGGCGCGCGUCAGGGCAAGCCGCAAGCACCACCACCGCUAGCUUAAGCAACACAACUGGACACUCGCAGCACCAACGCGGACGCAAGAUCAUAGCUAGCAAUGGCGUUGAUGCCCGUGGAGCUCCGCUUCGCCACGCGCGCCUCGCCGGCGACCGGAACGGUGCCGAGGCGGCGAGCGACGGUGCGCUGCGCGGCGACGGCGCCGGCGCCGAUGGGGGAGAAGACGGAGUACCGUGACGGUCCUCUGGAACGCGCGUUCAUGGGGCUGUUCGCGCGCAAGAUGGAGAAGUACGCCGGGAGGAAGAAGAAGCCGGGCGGCGAGGAGGAGAAGAAGGCGGUGUGGGACUGGGACUACGAGAGCUUCGUGGACGUGUCGCGGCGGGUGAUGGUGGGGCGGUCGCGCGCGCAGCAGCAGGAGGCCGUCCGCGAGGUGCUCAUCUCCAUGCUCCCUCCCGGCGCUCCCGAGCAGUUCAAGAAGCUCUUCCCGCCCACGCGCUGGGCUUGCGAGUUCAACGCCGCCCUCACCGUUCCCUUCUUCCACUGGCUUGUCGGCCCGUCAGAGGUUGUGGAGGUGGAGGUGAACGGGGUGAAGCAGAGGAGUGGAGUGCUCAUAAAGAAAUGCAGGUACUUGGAGAACAGCGGCUGCGUAGGGAUGUGCGUCAAUAUGUGUAAGAUCCCCACGCAGAGCUUCUUUACUGACGAGUUUGGACUUCCCCUCACCAUGAACCCAAAUUUUGAAGACAUGAGCUGUGAAAUGAUAUAUGGCCAAGUGCCACCCCCAUUGGAAGAAGAUCCAGUGUCAAAGCAACCGUGCUACCCCAGCCUCUGUUCUAUAUCGACGCCCUCCGCCACAAUCUGUCCAAAACUUCAGAAUUAGAGAAAACAGCAGCACUGCUGAGUUCAGAUCUUGGCCGUUCUCAGUUCUUCUGCGAGGGCUCACACAGAUUUUGGUACCAAAUUGGCAAAUUGUGUAUGAUUACAGAUAGGCAAGAAUUUCCACAGGAAUAUAGAUAGUGCGUCAUUAACUUUUAUGCACCGAGUGUAUAUAAUGUAGCCUGUAUUUUGCAGAAAAUGUAAAGACACGGUCUGAAAUAAGCUUGUCACAGCUAGAACAGUUGCUGCGUCACUAUAGUUUUUCACCUGUUCAUCAAA